AUGGCGGACAAUGCAUCCCAGCCAGAUUUUAUUGGUUACAGACUGGUUAUUUUUAUCGCCUUUUUUACCCCUCUUCAGUUCCUAGUUGUUCUUUUGCGCUUCAUCUCGCGUCGCAUGACUGCACGUCCCCGUGGCUUGGACGACUGGCUGGUCCUGGCGUGCCUGGCUGAUGGACUCCGGUUCUGUAUAAAAGGAGCCAUAAAGGAAGGUGGCGUGGGGUAUCACGUUAGCUGGCUGGCAGAGAACCGCCCACAGCUGGUCACCAGCUUCCUGAAGUUCCUCGUCGCCAUCGCAACGUGGUAUUUCCUGACCAACUGCCUAGCCAAGCUGGCUAUCUGCGUCUUCUACCGGACGCUGUUCCCACAACGAGGCGUUCUCGUCAUCCUCUGCAUCACUGCCAGCAUCCUGAUCUGCACGGCUAUAGCCACGACUGUCGCCAACUUGGCCGCGUGCCAACCCUUCUCGGCUGCCUGGGCCUCGACGGCGGUCCAGGCUGAGAAGUGUGUGGACAAGGAGAAGCUGUACAUAUGGGCUUCGUUCCCAAACAUCGUCACGGAUGUGGUGCUGCUCGUGCUGCCUCUGCCCAUCACCUGGGGGCUGCACACAACAGUCAAGAUGAAACUGGCCUUGACCCUGACGUUUAUCAUUGGAAGCGUAGGCCUCAUCUCCUCCAUACUGCGUUUCAUCUCCUUCUCGAACAACAACUCGUUCGAGGAUGCCACAUGGAACGCCGUCGAGCUCAUCAUCUGGACGAUUGCAGAGCCUGGGAUCUACUUAUUAGCGGCCUGCCUCAUGACCUACCGUCCCCUCCUGGACAGGGCUAGCGCAAGACUUCGCACACAGGCUGGCCAGUCGAAAACCCCCUCGCAGCCUUCAUCUUCCUUGGCUGCAUCACGGACCAAGGCAUCGGCAAAGUCGCCCGCUACAUCGACGAACCGAGCGCCCCUCAGCCUGUCUGCAGACGACUACAUGUUCAGCAGCGACCGGGGCAUCCUGCUGUCGAGCAUCCGGGCGAGGGAUCAGGGGUUCGAGCGGCUCUCGGACCCGGAGGCAGACCCGGAGGAGGACCCAGCGUUACCGAGCGCUGGAAUCGUCAAGACGACGAAUAUUCGCAUGUCUUGGGAAGAGGUUAGGUGA